AUGUGGAUAGAUCGGGACGUCUACCAGAUCGUUCUUAAACUCGAGGAGCAGGAGGAGGAGGGUGGACGCAAACAUCGCCUCACAGUGGGAUCGGUCUACGAUAGCAUCAAGCGCUCGAACUCGAGCUUAGCACGGCAGAAAAAGCGGUCGCUGGAGGACUCGAUCGAGCGGGUGCUUGCGGUGCGGAAGCAGCAGUCCAAGGUUGACGAGGAAGAGGACUCGGACGAUCUACUCGAGGCACAGGAACUCGAGAGGGCAAAGGCGGCAAAGGCGGAGCGCGACGCCAAUCUGCUCAACAGGCAGAUCGCCAAGUCUUGGGGCUUCGCGGGCAACGAAAAGGGGGGCAGCGGCACAAACUCUGCUGCAACGCCUGUAGCAACGCCAGACAUCGCGGGGGUUGCAACCAGCAUGGAGACGCCCAGCGGCGCCGUCCCCGCUGCCUCGUCUGCGUUUGCCCCUGACAGACAGGCGAAUGGGGAACCAAGGCCGAAGAAGAGAAAGGGAACCCCCAAGGAGGUCGACCGGAGCCCCCCCACCAAGAUCUCCAUCCGGGAUAUUGCCGGCAUCGGGCCCACGCUGAAGAUGCUGUUGAAGGAGGUCUGGUUCCCGCUACGCGGCGGCGAGGCUUGCGAGAAGAUGGGCUACCGAUACGACAACGGCGUCUUGCUCCACGGCCCCUCGGGCUGCGGCAAAACUACCCUUGCACAUGCUGUCGCGGGGAGCAUCGGCGUCGCCUUCAUACCCGUUUCUGCCCCGUCCGUGGUGGGCGGCACUUCCGGCGAGUCGGAGAAGAACAUCCGCGACGUGUUCGACGAGGCCAUUCGGCUCGCCCCCUGUCUGGUCUUCUUCGAUGAGAUUGAUGCCAUUGCCGGCAAGCGGGAAAGUGCCAACAAAGGCAUGGAGGGCCGUAUCGUGGCCGAGAUCAUGAACGGGAUGGAUCGGAUCAAGCAGAACACGCCCCUAGGCAAGAAUGUGGUGGUACUGGCUGCUACGAACCGGCCGGACUUCCUGGAUUCUGCCAUCCGUCGCCGGUUCAGCACCGAGAUCGACAUGGGCAUGCCGAGCGAGCGGGCGCGCGAGCAGAUCCUCCGGUCGCUGUCUCGCGACCUGAGCCUCGCCGACGACGUCGACUUCAAGCAGUUGGCGAAGAUGACACCGGGCUAUGUCGGCAGCGAUCUACAAUACGUGGUCAAGGCAGCAGUGUCUGAGAGCUUCCAGGGGAAUCUAAGCCAGCUCCUGGACCAAGCGCGGACUUUGCAUUCCGAACGAGUCCCCGACGACGUCGAGGAAGAGCAGCGCGACUGGCUACUCCUGGAGGACCACAACCAUAUCUCGUGGGGCGACAGCCGCAUCACCAUGGCCCAAUUCAAGACAGCCGUCGCGCGGGUACAGCCCGCGUCCAAACGUGAAGGCUUCAGCACCAUCCCCGACACCACCUGGGCCAACGUCGGCGCCCUCGAGGACGUCCGCAAGAAGCUCGAGAUGUCCAUCAUAGGGCCCAUCAAAAACCCCGAGCUCUUUGCUCGCGUGGGCAUCAAGCCCGCGGCCGGCAUCCUCCUCUGGGGCCCGCCGGGGUGCGGCAAGACGCUCGUGGCCAAAGCCGUGGCCAACGAGUCCAAAGCCAACUUCAUCUCCAUCAAGGGGCCCGAGCUGCUGAACAAGUACGUCGGCGAGUCGGAGCGCGCGGUGCGCCAGCUCUUCGGCCGUGCCAAGUCGUCGGCGCCCUGUAUCCUCUUCUUCGACGAGAUGGACGCGCUCGUGCCCAAGCGCGACGACUCGCUGUCGGACGCGUCCGCCCGCGUCGUCAACACCCUGCUCACCGAGCUCGACGGCGUCGGCGACCGCUCGGGAAUCUACGUCAUCGGCGCCACCAACCGGCCCGACAUCAUCGACGAGGCCAUCCGCCGCCCGGGCCGCCUGGGCACCAGCAUCUACGUGGGGCUGCCCUCGGCCCACGACCGCGUCGCGAUCCUUAAGACGCUGUACCGCAACACGGUCGCCAAGGCACGGAGGGAGGCCGCCGCACCGGAUGCGGACGUGGAUAUGCCGGAUGUUGCGGGCGGCAUAGCGGCAGCGGCAGCGGCAGCGGCGGGCACGCGGGAGGCCGACCUGGAGAAAGUGGCGCUCGAUCUGCGCUGCACGGGCUUCUCGGGCGCCGACCUGGGUAAUCUGAUGCAGGCGGCUGCUCAGGCGUGCCUGGAGAGGGCCUAUGCGAUGGCGGCGCGGGGAGAGGAGAGGGAUUCGGUGGCGUCGGACCCGGUGAUUACCAUGGACGACUGGGAGAAGGCGCUGAACGAGGUGAAGCCGAGCGUCAAGGAUGCCGAGAAGUACGCGCUGGAUGGGUAGGAACCAUUUGACCCGCCGGGGACAUCUGGCAACGGAAUAGAGAAUGGGGAGUCGGGAGUUCUAACGUCAACUACCUAGUACUUACGUACAUGUAUAAAUCUGAUCAAUUCAACGUUUCGGGCGGAUAGACAAUGACCAUGUCUCGUAUACUUACCACCGCAAUAUGGCCGCUGAUGAAUGCCCUAAAUCUGUACGGUGUUCUUCCUGCAUCGCAC